AUGCAGGAACCUGGGGAAGAGAAUGGACUGCCAAGGACAAGGUCAAUGCAGCCAUUGGAUCGAGCAAAGUUUGCAGCCAAAAGAAGAAUUACACAGAUGACAGAAGAGGAGCAGUUUGCUUUGGCUCUGAAAAUGAGUGAACAAGAAGCACAGCAAGUGAAUGACCAAGUGGAAGAAGAAGAGGCGCUCUUAAGAAAGGCCAUUGCUGAGAGCUUGAAUAGUUGCCAGCCUUCUGAUUCCUCUGCUACCACCUCUGCACCUUUGUUCACUGGAGUACCUGGACAGUACCAUCAGGAGAAACCAGUGGUCUCUGAGACUAUCGAAUACAUGUUGCCUCGUCCUGAAUCUUCACACUCACCUGUCACAUCCCUGGCACAGGCAUUUCAAUCUGAGCAGAUAGAAGUUCCCAAAAGCCCUCUGGUGAUGUUGAAGAGGUUAAGUCAAGAAAUAGUUGAAAGCUCAUUAGUAUCAAGCAUAAUUUUAUCUCAAGAAAAGAGCCAACUAUUGCUUAAAUCCAAUGAAACACGUUCCUCACCUAUUUUAAGUGACUCCAGUGAUGAUUUAUCAAGUCCUCCUGGUAAAAAACAGUUUGUUCUGAGUCCUACCUUUUCUCGAGUACCUGUAGGAACAUGGCAACUGGUACCCCGGAAAUUGUUUGCAAAUACAUGUGUUAGCGAAGAAGAAGAGGCUGAGGCAAGAGAGAAGUGUUUGGAUCAUACUGGAGACCUGGAAGUGGAGCCAGUCACCAGCAGUUCAGGAAUUAGGGAUAAAUUCAACCAGCCAAUUCUUGAGAGUAAGAACUCUAACAUUUUUGACAAUGAGACUAGUCAAUGGGCUGAAGGUACAAAGUGUAAACAGCCUAAAGAAAAUAGUAGGCUAGGUUGUGGUUCUUUCAUGACUACACAAAGGAAAGAAAAGACAUCUCAAUUCCGCCUCCCUGGCACAAUUGACGUCAAGGGUCUGCAGGAAGAAAUUGGAGGCACUGUGCACUAUUACUGGGGCAUCCCAUUCUGCCCUAUUGAAAUGGACCCUAACCAGUACACUAAGGUCAUACUAUGUCAACUGGAGGUUUAUCAGAAAAGCCUGAAAUUGGCUCAGAGGCAGCUUCUUCAAAAAAAAGAGUUUGGUGAGCCAAUAUUACCUGACUCUCCUUCUCUGCUGCAAAAGGAGCAUGAUGGACGAGACCAAGCCAAAGGACUAAAUGAAUCUCUUGCAGAAAAAAUAGGAAAUGAUAACACAGAAACAAGGAAAGAACUACUGGCAUCCACCUGGCACCUAAAAAGGAAAGCUAUCCAUGGGAGUCCAUUGCAGAGUUUGAAAGAAAAAGCUUUACUGGAGGAAGAACCAACAACCAGUCACCAUCAGAGUUCCCAGGUUCUGUUUACUGAGGAUACACCUGAAGAGGAUGAAGUUAUGACAAUUACAUCAAGCCCCACUGCUCUGUGUCUGUUAGCCAGGAAGAGAAACCGAGUUAUUGCCAGGGGACACUCUGCAGAAGAGAUCACUGUCUGCCCAGAGACUCAACUAAGUCCAUCCAAAGUUCUUGCACUUGAGAAAGAAGAGGCAUACCUAGGUAGUAAAGAAAGACCUGUUAAGGCUGCUGUCAAUGAAAAUAUUGAGAAAGAAAUGUCUGCCUCCAUCUUCUCAGCUCAUAUCCAGGUGUCCUGCCCAAUGUGUGACCAGGGUUUCCCACCCACAGAAAUUGAGCUGCAUGCCAUGUAUUGCAAUGGUUUAGUGGGGGAGGAGGAAAGCAGAGACUCACCAGUGUUGACUCGGAAAAGGAAACUGGCCAAGAAUAAGAGUGACAAUAGGAGAGACACCCAGCCAUCCCUAGACAUUGACAAGAUUGAGAAAUGUUACCUCUGCAAAUCCCUGGUUCCUUUCAAAGAGUAUCCAAGUCAUGUAGACUUCUGCCUUCAGAUUGCAACAGAUGAUCAAGGAAACAAACUGGAAAGAGACAAUGGACGACCUUCAGAUUCUGAAGGAAAAAGUGAGAGGCAGAAGAACACAAAGGAAGGAGAUAAGAAUGGAGGCCGACUCCUCAGCUUGUUGGAGCAAUCUGAAAAUAAGUCUGCAGACAUUGAUAUGAAGACAGAGGUGGCAUCAGAAGGAGAAGCUUUCAGGUAUCCCCAUUCAGAAAUGGAGAAUGCAGAUUGUAGCAGAAGAGUCCAGAGCUCCUUUAAUUUGAAUGACUCUCCCAUCAAGUCUUUUGUUUCUAUUUCGGAAGCCAAGGAUUGCCUGGUGGACUUUAAAAAACAACUUUCCGUCCGACCUGGCAGUCGGAAACGGACCAAAGCAAACAGAGGAAAAAGGAGAAAAACUUGAGCUUCUUGCAAUGGAAGAUUGACAGAUCCCUGUAAAAAAUAUGUGGCUGGACUUCUUUCUAUAGCCCCACUACAAUUCUUUCUCUACUUACUGGUCUCGGUCAGGCCAUACCUUUGUCAUUACCAGCACAACUAUUCAAAUCUUUUAAAAAAUGUUUUCUAUGAUCUGUAUACGGAAACAAUGUAUAGAAUUUGUGUUUUCUAAUUGCUUGUUUGAAAUUGCUUAUAGUUAAAAGAAAAUUGAAAUAUAUUUAUGUAUGUUUCUAUGAAACUGAAGCAAUAAGGUUUUCCUUUCCUUCCUUUGUUUAUGGUUCCUGAUGUUAGACAUACUAGUUUUAGAGAAAAGGAAUCACAGAUCACGUAUUUCAGAAUUGAAUGCAUCAUUGGCUGUGGCUUGUCACCAAUAUUCUUGAUCUUAGGUCAGUUAGUGUGCAUUGUACAUUCCAAAACAGUCUCCAUAGUUACUCCCUUGAACUUUUCAGGCCUCUCUUUCCUCUGAGCUUUAUUCCUAAGAAGCUUCAUCCAUCUGAAGUAUUCUGCCAUCUACUUGCUUCCUCAACAGUCCUAACACCAGGUAGAAUUCUAGAUGGCCAUUCCUAGCAGUAUUUUUCCAUUAAGUAAGAAUGUUCUGAAAUCAGUUAUUUGUUCAACCUCACAGGGCUCUUGUUAUGUAUAGUCAUUUUCUCUUCACACACUAGCCAGUGGGAAUGUCUGUCAAUCAGUUGGAAAUGAACUUGACUCUGCUUAGUAUUAGCCAGAGUUUUACAGAGGCAGCAGAGAGUGUCUCUGAUUUGCUCAUGUCGAGUUGUACCACUGGUGCUUCCAAUAUUUAGAGCAGAAAUGUGGCCCAAACUUCAUCCCGUAUCCUAGCAGAAUUUUUGCUUCUAAGGAUGAUAAAAGCAUAAUGCAAUAGGAAAAAAAAAGUUCAAGGUAUAGGAGAGAGGAGGCCAAGGAUAAUGGGGAGAGCACUCCUUGACCUUGG